GUAGCGUUUUAGCUACUACCUUACGUGAGUAAGUACGCUCUGCGCUAAUCGCGUUUAACUUUGUAGGCAUGGGUGGAAAAUCAAAAGUUAGCAAGAGGAAGAAGAAACUCCGGCCGCCUAGCAGCGAUUCGGAUGAUUCGAGCUCUCAUAGAGAGUGGAUUAAUCGCAUAGAAAAACUUUAUAAUAAACACGUUCGCAAUAAAAGGUCUCGAUCGCGUUCCCGUGCGAGACGCAGAGACCGGAAGCGAACAUCUUCGCUAUCGCCUUCGAGAGGGACUCCGCAGUUUCGCGAGCCUCCUCAGUCACCCGGUUUUAGAUCCUCUAGGUCCAGCAGCAGAUAUUCACGGAGGUCAUCGUUUGAAACCGAUAGGCGAAGUAUAUUAAGCGUAAGCGGUAACCCGCGCGGCGCCGCUGAAACAGCAGUACGUGACACUCACAUUCCGUGCGAUGUGAGUCACGCUGAAAAACAAUCGCCCAUUCAAGAUGAGCUGAUUAUACACAAUGACGUAGUUUUGCCGGAUGAAAUUUUAGGCAUUCUAGGCGAGGACCCAAGCGCCGAAAUUAGUUCGUCGUUUUCUCUACAUUCAGCCUUGAGCGCACGCUGGUCGCACAUUUUAUCGAAAGGGCUGUCCGAGAUCGACGUCGCCUCUCUUUUGGAUAAGUGCAAAAAACCAUCGAACUGCCCGCUACUAACACCCCCAGUAAUCAAUCCAGAAAUUAGGGCUUUAUUACCGCACAAUAUGCUGAAAAAAGACGCCGCUUACGUUUCUUUUCAAACGAAAUUAUCCGCUGGAAUAAUAGGUUUGGGAAAAGGCAUAGAUAAAUUACUGAACGAUUCGGCUAACCAUCAAGAUCUUCACACCUCUUCAUUACUGCCUUUGCUGUCAGACGCCGGGAAAAUUCUAAAUGGUCUUUUUUUCGAUUUAUCGAUGGCCCGGCGCAGCUUUAUUUUUCCCUACCUCAAUAAAAAUACCAAGGACAUUCUCGAACCAUGCCCACCUUCCGAAUUUCUCUUUGGAUCGGAUCUUUGCGAGAAAGUCAAAGCAGCUAAAUCCUUACAAAACGCCUGUCAGGACCUUAAGACUGCACCAACCCCUCAACGCUACAAAACCACUAAUCAGAGUGUUAGCUAUAAGGGUAAGAAAAUGGAAGAGGGGAAACAGAGACAACAGCCGUACAGCAGGCAGUUAAACAGAUAUCGCCCGACCCACCGCAGGGGGGUGGAGUCACACAAAGGGCAUAUCCCGAAGGCUCGACAGAGGGACAAUUACCGGGGGAAAAACUAAAUUCGCCAGGAAGCCCACCCGCUUGCAUCCAAACUUACCCUGGUAGCAUGUCGGUUAUCCGGAAAGCACUAACACUACAGGGUGUGCCGGUAAACGCCGUCGAUACUUGUCUAAACUCUCUUUCGGAAGCUACUAUCGCAC